GCGUCAGGAACGGAUGGCGGCUUGCACUCUGCCAAAGUGAGGCUUUUAACGUCAGGCGCUGAGAGGUGAAAACGAUGGAGAAAACCGUAGCAGUGUGGUUCAUUGUGGAUUGUUUCCGUGUGGUGAGGAGGGACUGUCUGUCUGGGGUUGAUUUUCUACAGAGCUAGACAGUAAUAGCUGUUUCUCGGGAGAUGUUUCAAUUUAGCUCAGGUUCAGCGUGUAGCUCUGUCUUGGAGAAAGAAUCUGUAGAAGACAUCCGGAUUUGGAGCAAAGCCGUUGUUUUUUUUUGUUUUUUUUAAAGAAGUUGUGUUGCUUUGCCUUCGUUUCACAAUUGCGAGGCAGUUAUAAGAGACAGGAAAUCGCUUAAUAAAUAGGAGGUGCUCGUUACAUUAUUAGCCCUGUGUUUGCACGUGCUGAGGCCUCGGUCACAUGUAAGAAGCCGUUUGCCACCAAUGCGAGUUCCGAUGUGAGGGUGGGGUGUGGAUUCCAUUGGAAAAUCAUGUGGAUCGGUAUAAAUCCGCCCUUUCCUUUCCCUUCCUAUCCCGCCAAUAAUAGGCGAGUUUUACAAUGGUUCGGUUUUAACGAUGGUGUGGUGGCUUUGGAGGGAUAUUCAGGUGGAUUCGGGAGUUCCCGGCGAAAUAGGCUGAACCUCCAGAAUGGUGCUGAAUGCCUGAUGACGCAGGGAAAGUGAAGAGCAAACGAAGGGUGACUUGGGAGUUUGGGGAAACCAACCGUGUAGAUAUCCUGCAUCAGCAUUUAAAAACCUAAACAAAACAAAACUUGGCCUGAACUUGUGGGAUCGCUUUCAUGCAUAGGGGUCCUAAUUAAUCCCCCACCCCCGUCCUGUUAAACUCCUUAAAGAUCAUGAAGGCUUUUGUUGUUGUUGUUGUUGUUGUUGUUUUUAUGCACAUCUAGAGGGAUGUCUUCAAUUUUAAUUUGGGGUUGUUUCCUCUUUGGUGCGCCUCAUUUAUAUGAAUAAACACAUGCACAAUCCUACUUUGUUUUUAAUUUUGGAUUAAAAGGAUCUCCGGAUUGUUUGGGGUUUAAUUCUUUCAACAGUGUUGUUGUUGUUUUUUAAAGUCACCAGUAUAAAUGACAAAGUUGAUCAAAGGGGGAAAAAGCAGAAGUAGAACAGCCAUCUUUUGGUAGGGUGCUUUUAAAGCAAAAUCAAAAAGUACUGUAAAGUGCUAAAAGCAACCAGAAUAGGAGCAGGUGGAUUUCUCCUGGAGAGGGUGGAACACAGGGAUGGAAAUGCUGCAGAGAAGAGCUUGGGUUACCCAAGGCUGGUAUUGCUAACCUAAGAGGCACUCAGCCAAGAUUGGCAUCAACAGAUGCAUUAACUCUCCCCAGGUUGGCGCCUACCAGAUGUAUACAAUCGUAUCUUUCAUAAUUCCCAGGCCCUGCCAUUUCAGAGACACACCCAUCAGCUGGCUCUCCACUGCUCAGUUUCCUUCUCAGGAAAUGUUUGCCCUUCUGUGUUUCCGGCAACUGCAGAGCAUGUCCAUUAUAGAGUCACUGUACAGUGGAGGAGAGGAUGUACUGGAGAUACCUCAUAUUUUGCUUGGGUGGCUAGGGUGUUUCUGGGGGACUGUCAGGAGCGCCCAAGAAAAUGUCAUCUGACAGCUUGUCAACCAAAGCCCUAAAGAUCAAACGGGAGAUGGGUGAGAACACACCACACCUUUCAGACGAGGAGCUUAUGGGAUUGUCAGUGCGGGAACUUAACCACCAUCUGAGAGGCCUGUCCAAAGAAGAGGUAGCAAGAUUGAAGCAACGUCGGCGCACUCUGAAGAAUCGUGGCUAUGCGGCCAGCUGCCGAGUAAAGAGAGUGUGUCAGAAGGAGGAGCUGCAGAAGCAAAAGACAGAGUUAGAAAGGGAAGUUGAUAAGCUAGCGCGGGAGAAUGCUGCCAUGCGCCUUGAGCUGGACGCCCUGCGUGGCAAGUAUGAAGCGCUGCAGGGCUUUGCCCGUACAGUCACUGCUCAUGGCACUGCUGCGAAGGUGGCAACUGCCAGCGUUAUCACCAUUGUCAAAUCUGGUUCCAACCAGGCCACCUACUCCUAGUGCCUACAAGCUGAGCCAUGAACUAAGUCCUGUUGCCAUGCCUCUGCACAGCUCUUACCUAAAGCAGCUGUAGCUGCACUGGCUCUUUCCUUCUCCCACUUUUGUUCUACCCACUGGAGGAGACACAGUUGACUUGAAGACCAAAUGGCUAAAUGUUGAACUUUGUCCUUAGUCCUUGCCUUCAUUGAGAUUGUGGGAAAGUGGUGCCCAACUUGUGUAAUUUUAGCUGUCAGUUAUUUGUGAAUUGGAUUACAGUGGCCAGUUAUUUUUCUUUUCCAUUUUAUAUUUGUUAGGUUUUCUUCUCUGCUGCUUCAUACCUUACAACUGAUUAAAUGUAAAACAGAGAGAUUUGAAGAUGAGAUACCUUAGUUGGAAAUGCUGCUUCAGAGAAGUUUUGACAGCAAUUAUAGAGAAAGGUAGAUAGCUUCUAUCUGAUGGGGAAAAGGGGGGAUGCCAAGAUUGAAGUCUCCUUUUAAUGUCUAAAACACAGUGAUUAUAAUAAUCCAGAAGUUAUCAGAGGAUAUCAAUUUCCCAGUUUCUUGGUUCGUUGUUCAGACACAAGUCUAGGUAUUCAUGUAUAACUCUGUCUGCUUUUUGUUGUAAACCAUAGUUCCCAGUUAACCUACUGUUUAAUUCAGAGCCUCUUGAUUGCUUCAGCAUGAAAUUGUUAUUUUACAAGAAUCAGUCUGAGCCUUUGAUGAAUAGACAUUUUAAAAUAGUCAAGAAAAGUGUUAUUGCUUGGUGACUGCAAAGGUGAUAGAAAAACGGAUCAGAAAGGGACGUGUCAAGAAAAGAGCUAGUUGCUGCUAACCACCCUAGGAAGAAAUAAAAGAAUUAUGCCCAUUGCAGUGAUUGGAGAAACAAUCUUUCUGCAACUGUGUGUGGAUGCAGCUGUACUCCAAAUACUGUUUUGAUUGUAAAAGUGCUCUUUUGCUGAGGUUAUAAGAUUUAUGGACAAAAUAGAAGCAGUUUUCUAAAGACAGAGAGAGAGAGAGAGAGAGAGAGAAGGAAAUAGGAAAAGUAAAGAGGGAGUGUAUUAAAUGAGGCAGGAGUGAAUAAAGCAAGUGAGACUGAUGGAUAGUGAAGGGGCAACAGAAUUGCAAGUGAAGUUCUAGAGAAGACACUAGAGAGGUCUAAAACAAUUAGUUCCAUGAGGGGUACAAAUAGCAACAAACAGAAUGUAAUGAAGAGAACCUGUUUUUGCAUUGGCAAAAGACUAGAAAUAGAAACUCAGGAAAGAAAUAUACCCAACUAUUACAGAGAUUAAGACAUUUUAUGUUCAAGAGAAGCUAUAUGAAGGUUGGCCCACCCCAAGAAGCAGUACAGGCAAUUGGGUGUGGGAUUCUGAGGGGUUCAGAAUCAAUCCUAAACAUAGCGAUGGGAUGCAACCUAGCAUAUCUCUUCCAGUUUCUUUUUUCUCCUCAAAAACAAGUUGAGAAAGAUCCAGUCACUUACAUAGAACAAGGAAAAGAGGCUUCAGUUGGAAAUACAUUGGUGAGGGAUAUAGUUCCUCUGUGCUGUUUUGUGGCCUAUUUUUUUUUUUUUUUUGCCUCAUUCAGCUGUGUAAAAUGCAAGGUGCAUUUCUAUUUAGGAAAGUGUAGUAGAUGAAAUUCAAAAUGUUUUUCUUCUUUAUAUCUGAAGGAUGCAUUUUCACAAGAGCAGCAAAAUAGUUUAAAUCAUAGCCAAAAAUAAUUUCUGUCAUGAAAAUAAAACUUAGUUUGGUCUAAGCUAGCACAAUGGCAGACUUAGGUUCUCCUGGAUGCCAUUGUGUUUGUCCCUUGUUCUUUUAAGAUAAUAUUCUCAUAUGCACUUAGUAGUAUUUACUGUAAAAACCACACUGUUCAAUUUUUAAAAAUGUUUACAAUCACAAUCUUGCCCCUUUCAUUGUAGUAACUUUUAUACCGUCCAGUGGUUUUCCAGAUGCAUUCUGCCAUGUUGGCUGGAAAUGUGAAUUGUAGAGAACACAAAUUGUAGAGAAUUGUAGAAAGAAAAAACUGAUACCAUUCAAAGCCUAACUUAGUAAACACAAACUUAAACAGUGUAUUGUUUCCCUUUCUCUGCCAUGCUGUCAUGAAUCCCAUAUGCCAUUUAAACCAAGCUGCCUGCAUGUACACACAGAAUAUUACUAGCACUGGACUUGUAGAAUCAGCUAUUGAUAUACUUCCUAUCUGUAUGCCUUUUUGGCCAAGCAGUUUUAGCCCAUUGCCUUCUCAUUUUAAAGUGGGUAUGAAGUUUUAUGCCAAGCAUGGAUGAUAUGAGAAUAGCACAUCUGUACCAAGAGACACUGGCAGCUCCAUUGCUUAAGAAACUGGGAAGUUUAUACACCUGGGAGACAUGGAAACAGUAAUUCUGUAGAAAGCAUGGAGAAGGGUUAGAUUAGAAGACUUAGGAAAGUACCUUCUUCCAUUAAAUAUAUGUUGCUAACAUAAGAACCAGUGAGUAUUUGUGGGUAAUCAUUUCCAGGCAUGUGCCAGUGACUUAUUUAAGUGGCAAAUAUGAUCCAUUUUUUUUAAAAAAAGACAUAUGGUUGGAUUUACCCAUCCUGCAGCUUAACGUGACUUCUACCCCUAAGAUGGAAUCAGCUUCCAAACCAGUGUUGUCCAUCCUUCCUCUCCAUCCUUUUGAUCCUUAGUGGGGAUUUCCUCUUUAACGUUUCUACCCUUGUCACCCUAUUUUUCCUUAUUCCUACCCUGUGAUUUAUUUAUUGCACGAAUAUAAGUUAUUUUCACAUUCUUUAUGCCGUUCUGC